AUGACCCCAAUGCUUUUUACACAUAUUAUUAACCCCUUAGCCUUCAUUGUACCUGUCCUCCUAGCGGUUGCAUUUCUCACUCUUAUUGAGCGUAAAGUCUUAGGGUAUAUACAACUUCGUAAGGGCCCAAACAUCGUAGGACCCUACGGCUUACUUCAGCCAAUUGCUGACGGUGUAAAGCUAUUUAUUAAAGAGCCCGUACGCCCCUCUACAGCUUCGCCCAUUAUGUUUCUAGUUGCACCCAUGCUUGCUCUAACCCUAGCCCUGACGCUUUGAGCCCCCCUUCCUUUACCACAUCCUGUUGUAGAUGUUAACCUGAGUAUCCUAUUUAUUCUAGCACUCUCCAGUCUUGCUGUAUACUCAAUUCUUGGCUCCGGGUGAGCAUCAAACUCAAAAUAUGCUCUAAUUGGGGCUCUACGAGCAGUUGCCCAAACCAUCUCCUACGAAGUUAGCUUAGGCUUAAUCUUAUUAGCAUCGAUCGUGUUUACCGGCAACUUCACCCUACAAGCAUUUGGAAUUACACAAGAAGCUGUAUGACUAAUUAUUCCCGCCUGACCCCUGGCAGCAAUAUGAUACAUUUCAACCCUUGCCGAAACUAACCGAGCACCCUUUGACCUCACAGAAGGUGAGUCCGAAUUAGUCUCCGGCUUUAACGUAGAAUAUGCAGGAGGGCCCUUUGCCUUAUUCUUUCUAGCGGAAUAUGCUAAUAUUCUUCUCAUGAAUACCUUAUCUGCCACCCUUUUUUUAGGAGCAUCCCAUAUCCCAUCCCUCUCCCAAGUAACAACAAUAAGCCUAAUAAUUAAAGCAACCCUCUUAUCUGUCUUGUUCUUAUGAGUGCGAGCCUCAUACCCUCGGUUCCGAUAUGACCAGCUUAUGCACCUCAUCUGAAAAAACUUUUUACCCCUAACUCUGUCCUUAGUUAUUUGGCAUCUAUCCCUCCCCAUCGCACUUGCCGGCCUCCCCCCGCAAAUAUAGAGAAAUCGUGCCUGAAUUAAAGGGCCACUUUGAUAGAGUGAAUUAUGGGGGUUAAAAUCCCCCCGACUUCUUAGAAAGAAGGGGCUCGAACCCUGCUGAAGAGAUCAAAACUCUUUGUGCUUCCAUUACACCACUUCCUAAAGUAAAGUCAGCUAAAUAAGCUUUUGGGCCCAUACCCCAAAAAUGCAGGUUAAAACCCUUCCUUUACUAAUGAACCCUUAUAUUCUCCCCAUUUUCUUGUUUGGCCUUGGGCUCGGAACCACUAUCACAUUUAUAAGCUCACACUGGUUACUAGCCUGAAUAGGCCUCGAAAUCAAUACACUCGCUAUCAUUCCACUAAUAGCCCAACAUCACCACCCCCGGUCAGUUGAAGCCUCUACCAAAUAUUUUCUUACUCAAGCAACUGCAGCAGCUAUAAUCCUCUUUGCCAGCUCAAUAAAUGCUUGAAUAACAGGCCAAUGAAACAUCAGUGACCUUUCGCACCCCUUCCCCCUCACCAUCAUUACCCUUGCCCUGGCCCUCAAAUUAGGCCUGGCCCCCCUCCAUACAUGACUCCCUGAAGUUCUCCAAGGUCUUGAUUUAACCACCGGAUUAAUUAUGUCCACUUGACAGAAACUAGCCCCCUUCGCCUUGUUUGUUCAGCUAACCUCACAACACACAAUUAUUAUUUCCACCCUAGCGAUCCUCUCCACCCUUGUCGGUGGAUGAGGGGGCUUAAACCAGACCCAAAUCCGCAAAAUCUUGGCCUACUCAUCUAUUGCCCAUCUGGGGUGAAUAACCUUGGUAAUUCAAUAUUCCCCCUCUUUGACCCUACUUGCCCUACUAACUUAUAUUCUAAUAACAUUAGCCGCCUUCAACUUACUUAAGUUUAAUACGACCACAUCUAUUAACUCCCUGACAAACUCAUGAUUUAAAUCACCUGUUCUAACUGCCUUUACCCCCCUGAUCAUGCUAUCUUUAGCAGGUCUGCCCCCACUCACAGGUUUUGGCCCCAAAUGAAUAAUCCUAUCAGAGCUGACCAAGCAAGGCCUCGCUCCUCUUGCAACCCUCGCAGCCUUAUCAGCCCUCCUCAGCCUUUACUUCUACCUCCGCCUAUCUUAUGCUAUAACACUCACAUUAUCCCCUAAUACCGCCUCUGCAGUCAACCAAUGGCGAUUCAACUCAACCCAAACUACCCUUCCCCUGAGCCUUUCUACUAUCUUGGCCGUCAUACUUCUUCCUCUUCUCCCAGCAAUUAUAGCACUGGUAAACUAAGGACUUAGGUUAAUAGACCCGGGGCCUUCAAAGCCCCAAGCAGAGGUGAAAACCCUCUAGCCCUUGUAAAGCUUGCAGGGAUUUAACCCACAUCUUCUGCAUGCAAAGCAGACACUUUAAUUAAGCUAAAGCCUUGCUAGAUAGGAAGGCCUCGAUCCUUCACUUUCUUAGUUAACAGCUAAGCGCUCUAACCAGUGAGCAUCUAUCUACUUUCCCCCGCCUUUUAGGGCGGGUAAGGCGGGGGAAAGCCCCGGCCGGCGUUAACCGGCUGCUUAAGAUUUGCAAUCUAAUAUGUUCAACACCUCAGGGCUUGGUACGAAGGGGGCUCAAACCCCUGUAUGUGGGUCUACAAUCCACCGCUUACUCAGCCACCCUACCUGUGACAAUCACGCGCUGAUUUUUCUCAACUAAUCAUAAAGACAUCGGCACCCUAUAUCUAGUAUUUGGUGCAUGAGCCGGGAUAGUGGGUACCGCACUUAGCCUUCUAAUCCGAGCAGAACUUAGUCAACCAGGGGCCCUCUUGGGCGAUGAUCAAAUUUAUAAUGUUAUCGUUACGGCCCAUGCUUUUGUUAUAAUCUUCUUCAUAGUAAUACCUAUUAUGAUUGGAGGCUUCGGCAACUGACUGGUCCCCUUAAUAAUCGGGGCCCCAGAUAUAGCAUUUCCCCGAAUGAACAACAUGAGUUUCUGACUGCUUCCUCCCUCCUUCCUACUCCUCCUUGCCUCCUCAGGGGUAGAAGCGGGCGCAGGUACAGGGUGAACUGUUUACCCUCCCCUUUCCGGUAACUUAGCUCAUCAAGGGGCUUCCGUUGAUCUCACAAUUUUUUCUUUACACCUAGCCGGUGUUUCCUCAAUCCUAGGAGCCAUCAACUUUAUUACCACCAUCAUCAAUAUAAAACCUCCCUCAAUCUCCCAGUACCAAACACCCUUAUUUGUCUGAGCUGUAUUAAUCACUGCCGUCCUACUUCUUCUCUCCCUGCCCGUCCUGGCAGCCGGCAUCACCAUGCUUUUAACUGACUGAAAUCUAAACACAACUUUCUUUGACCCUGCGGGAGGUGGAGACCCCAUCCUCUACCAACACCUUUUCUGAUUCUUCGGUCACCCCGAAGUCUAUAUCCUAAUUCUACCUGGCUUUGGCAUGAUCUCCCAUAUUGUGGCCUAUUACUCAGGGAAAAAAGAACCUUUCGGCCACAUAGGAAUAGUGUGAGCCAUAAUGGCCAUUGGCUUAUUAGGAUUUAUUGUGUGAGCUCAUCACAUGUUUACAGUGGGAAUAGAUGUGGACACACGCGCAUAUUUUACCUCAGCUACCAUAAUUAUCGCCAUUCCUACAGGUAUUAAAGUUUUCAGCUGACUAGCUACCCUUCACGGAGGCAUUAUUAAAUGAGAAACCCCUCUACUCUGGGCCCUAGGCUUUAUCUUCCUAUUUACAGUAGGCGGUUUAACCGGGAUUGUGUUAGCCAACUCUUCACUUGAUAUUGUAUUACAUGACACUUACUACGUAGUCGGCCAUUUCCACUACGUCUUAUCCAUAGGCGCUGUCUUUGCUAUUAUAGCAGGGUUCGUUCACUGGUUCCCCUUAUUUACUGGUUACACACUCCACGACACCUGAACAAAAAUCCACUUUGGGGUGAUGUUUACAGGUGUUAACCUAACCUUUUUCCCCCAGCAUUUCUUAGGCCUCGCCGGAAUGCCCCGUCGAUAUUCCGACUACCCAGAUGCAUAUACACUCUGAAAUAGUGUCUCCUCCAUCGGAUCAUUAGUCUCUUUAAUUGCUGUUAUUAUAUUCCUAUUCAUUAUCUGAGAAGCAUUUGCUGCCAAACGAGAGGUACUCUCCGUAGAAAUGACCUCGACGAAUGUCGAAUGACUCCACGGGUCACCGCCUCCCUACCACACUUUCGAGCAACCUGCUUUCGUUCAAGUUCGGCAUAAUUAACGAGAAAGGAGGGAAUUGAACCCCCUUAGAAUGGUUUCAAGCCACUCACAUAACCUAUCUGCCACUUUCUUAAUAA